UGUUGGAAGUGCGGUCGAUCAAUUGAACCAGACAUGGAACAGUACUUUUGUGUCUGUGGUGUUGUUCAACCACCUCUGGAACACAGAAGUUUCUUUCAGAUUUUUGGAAUUAAGGAAGAUUUCGAUAUUGAUUUGAAGUAUCUCAAUGAAAAAUACAGAAAGUUACAAGUCAUACUUCAUCCAGAUAAAUAUAGUCAAAAAUCUGAUACAGAGAGAGGAUUUUCAGAAAGGCAUUCAUCGCUGGUAAAUGAAGCAUACAACACAUUACUGAAACCACUAAGCCGGGGCCUGUACAUUUUGCAUCUGAAAGGUGAAGAUUUAGAAAAAGAGGUUCAAGUUGAAACAGAAUUUUUAGGUGAAAUAAUGGAGUUGAAUGAAUCAGUGAUCGAAGCAGAAGAUAUCAAUGCACUGAGGUCCAUUGAAACAUCAACUAAUAAAAUAGUCAACAAUUUGAUUGAUGAGAUUUCGCACAAUUUUAAAGACAAAAACACGAAUUCUGCAAAAGAGAAUUUACUCAAGUUAAAAUAUUUACUAAAUGUGGCUGAAAAAAUUCAA